AUGGGCAGGGGAAAACGUUGCGACAAAUUUAAUAAGAUUGGCAUUGCUUGGGGUUUUAGGCUGGGGGAAGAGUUAAGUGAGUGGUUCUUGGUAGAACAAAGUUGGAGAGUGGAGAUUACACAAUCCGUACAGUUGUCUUCAUUAAUGAUGAUACCAUGCUCCGUGAGAGAAUGUAUAACGUUGCUACAACUACAGUUGACGAAGGUUGGUGUUGUCUCUGACUAUGACUUAUUGGCACUUGACUCCAUCUCAGGUGGUGGUCAACAUGAUACAAACAUGUUUCCUGACGUUGAUAGUUCUUGGAAAACAUUUAAUGAAAUUCAGAAGCUACUCAAUAAGACUUAUGGGAAGGUUGUUGGAGACCUUAUGACAGAUGCUCCCCUUGUUGUGCGUGAAAACACUAACCUCGAGGAUGCUGUCAGGUUAUUGCUUCUCACAAAGUACCAUCGACUGCCAGUUGUAGAUGGAAGCAGCAAACUGGUUGGCAUAAUUACGCGGGGUGAUGUUGUCAGAGCCGCCCUUCAGAUAAAGCGUGCUAGUGAAAAAAUGUGAAAACUCAAGCAUCACGGGUUCGCAGAAUCAAAUAUUAAUGGAAGCAUACCAAUAUCGGUUGCUUAUUAAAUGAAAUAUACAUAUGAUGUCCCAGAACUCUAUUGGUUAGCAUAGUACAAUCACAAUCAGAAGUAUUGAUUUAUUCCCAUUACGAGUGUUCCUCUAUAUUUGCAGGUGCUAUAAUCUAUAAAUUCUGUCAAUGUUGGAGAUAGGAUAUCGUCUAAUAUAUCCCAUAGUUGCUUUGUGGUUAUUACUGCUGGAAUUUCGAUUAUACGAGACUGUUGUGUAACAUAAAAACAAAUUUCAUAUGAAAAAUACUUUCACAAUUCUUUAUAGCAUUACUGUAAUUAUAAUACGACAAAUGCGACAAAAUUUCUUACAAGAUUUCAUUGCAAUGCAAA